CCUUCCUCCUCCCCCUCCUCUUCCUCACCCCUCCCCCCCUCCUCCGUUCAGCUCUACAGCAGCUUUCUCUCUUCUCUUCAUCUCCAUCUCCCAGCCAGCCGGACGCAGCACCGUGUUUCACCGGGACCGGAUAACGGAUAGGCCUCCUCUCGCUAACCACCGCUGUGAUCAUGUCCUCAGUGCUGCAGAAGUUGAUCAGCCCUCUGGCGGGCAGUGCCGCCGAGCCUCCCAGGAACAAGGUGACUGUGGUUGGGGUGGGCCAGGUGGGCAUGGCCUGCGCCAUCAGCAUUCUGCUGCGGGACCUGUGUGAUGAGCUGGCUCUGGUGGAUGUGAUGGAGGAUCGUCUCAAAGGAGAGAUGAUGGAUCUGCAGCACGGCAGCCUCUUUCUCAAGACCUCCAAGAUAGUUGCUGACAAAGAUUACGCAGUAACAGCCAAUUCUCGCCUGGUUGUGGUGACAGCUGGUGUUCGCCAGCAGGAAGGUGAGAGCCGCCUCAACCUGGUGCAGAGGAACGUUAACGUCUUCAAGUCCAUCAUCCCUCAGAUCGUCAAGUACAGCCCCAACUGCACGCUCAUCGUGGUCUCCAACCCUGUUGAUGUGCUGACCUAUGUCACGUGGAAACUGAGUGGUCUGCCAAAGCACCGUGUCAUUGGCAGCGGCACCAACCUGGAUUCAGCCCGUUUCCGUUACUUGAUGGCCGAGCGCCUCGGUAUUCAUGCCAGCUCCUUCAAUGGCUGGGUGCUGGGCGAGCAUGGAGACACCAGCGUGCCUGUGUGGAGUGGAGCGAAUGUUGCAGGAGUCAACCUGCAGAAGCUUAAUCCUGAGAUUGGCACUGAUGCUGAUAAGGAGCAGUGGAAGGCCACACACAAGGCUGUGGUGGACAGCGCCUACGAGGUGAUCAAGCUGAAGGGUUACACCAACUGGGCCAUUGGUCUGAGUGUGGCCGAUCUGACGGAGAGCAUCGUCAAGAACAUGAGCCGUGUCCACCCCGUGUCCACCAUGGUCAAGGACAUGUACGGUAUCGGCGAGGAGGUCUUCCUGUCUCUGCCAUGCAUUCUGAACAACAGUGGUGUAAGCAGCGUGGUCAACAUGACCCUGACUGACGCUGAAGUGGCCCAGUUGAAGAAGAGUGCCGACACUCUGUGGGGCAUCCAGAAGGACCUGAAGGACAUCUGAACACACUCACAAGCUAUACACACCCACGCCUUUCCAAACAAACACUCCUUUCAUAACGUCCUUCUCUCUUAGACCUUAUUGCUCCUAUUUUAGAGGACAAUACCAGUGUUUUUAUAAAUGGUGCCAGUGAGGAUUUCAGUUUUAUACAUGUCAUCAGGCCUGAUUUAACUUUUAUUUCAUGUCAGUGCCACAUUAUGUGAUUGGUUACUUCCUUUCAAUCACCUGAUACCUCCAUAUCUAAAAACACUGCUAUGCUCCUUUAAAAAGACAUAUCUGUUACCCAGCAGCUCAUAGACUAAGGUUUCUAUUUAACUGUGUUUGUGUUAGAAGACAUCAGCUGACCUGUGUUCCUGUACUCUGUAUGGAUUAUUGUGUUGUAGCUGUUUGGUCCAGGAUUAAACACAACCCCCUUAAACAAGUGUCACUGUCCUCCUUCACCGCCUUCUGUAGUGUGACGGUCAUUGAGUUCCCUACAGGGAAUCACAGAAAGACCCAAUAAGUCUAAACAGACAUGUUUUCCUCCAGCCUUUGUCCCCAGCAGGCACAUGACUGCACACUUAGGGUGGAGUGGAGCUCAGAGUGGAAACGUCCAGCUGGGGUUGAUAUUCAAACAUCACAACAGAUUGUCUGGCUUUGUGUUGUAAGCUAUGUUGGGCACAGCAAUGUGUAACUUAAUAAAUUGGAACCCCAUGAAGGUCA